AUGUUAAUUACUGAGGGUGCUAAUCCAUUCGUCGAUGGAGCGAUUCAGGAGUUAAAACUAUACGCAAAUGUCAGCGAGGAUACAAUCAAGUAUAACGUGUGUCGUAAGGAAAAAGAUAUUUCAGAUAUACUUGGCGAAUUUAGUGAUGAAUUUACCACAGCAACUGCACUUCCCGAUAAGGGCCAAAAAGGAGAAAAGGGCGAUCAAGGUAAAUCCGGUAAUGAUGGUGUCGAAGGUAUAAAGGGGCAGAAAGGAGAUGUAGGGUUCACUGGAGAACCAGGUGACACUGGGCCAAUAGGACCGCCCGGGCCUAAAGGCCUUAUUGGUCUACCAGGAGAAAAAGGAUCGUGCGAAUGUUCCAAAGAUUUCGUAACGAGCAUUGUGGAAACUCUGCCGACAUUGAAAGGCCUGACUGGCGAGCCAGGAACACCAGGUUUACCUGGUAUAAUUGGUCUCCAAGGUGAGCAGGGACCACCAGGUCUUCCAGGUAAACCUGGUAGCAUUGGGGUCCCAGGUAAAGAUGGACCUCAAGGACCGCCUGGUCCUCCCGGGAAAAAUGGCUCUAUAGGACCUCCGGGACCACCGGGUGAUAAAUGUGUGGAAACAGAAAAAAAGAUGAAGGAAGUCCUCAUACCCGGUGCAGUGGGUGCUCAAGGGUCUCCCGGUAUUCCAGGGGCCAAAGGUGAUACAGGCAAACCUGGGCCACCAGGAGAAAAAGGACCAAUUGGUGAAAGGGGGUUGCAGGGAUUACGAGGAGAUCCAGGCUCCAUUGGUGAGAAAGGUGAUAGAGGUGAAACACUCAUUGAAAGGCUUCCAGUUGAAAAAGGUGAAAGAGGUGAUAAAGGCGACAAAGGGGCCCCGGGACUUGCAGGCCUGCCAGCAUCUCUAGCCUCCAUUCUAGACGAAAGCCUGAAUCCAGAAAUAAAUGAAGCUGUAGUUGAAAAAUUGCGAGGUUUACCUGGAGAAAGGGGAGAUACAGGUGAAAAGGGUGAAAAAGGUGACCCGGGAAUGAAUGGCAAAGAUGGAUCUCACGGGAGGCCCGGUAGAGAUGGUGAACCUGGUAUCAAAGGGGACCUUGGACCAAAGGGUGAUACAGGACAAAAAGGAGACCAAGGAUUACCGGGGCCACCCGGACCUGUGCCUUCAAAAGUAACACCAGUUAAAGGUGCAAAAGGAAAUCCUGGUCCCCCUGGACAUGUUGGCAGACCGGGCCCGGCCGGGCAUAGAGGUUACACGGGCAAAACUGGACCAACUGGGCCCAAAGGACAAAAAGGAAACACCGGACCUAUAGGUCCUACGGGACCCGUUGGCCCUCCUGGAUUUAAUGGCACUAUGGGCUUGAAAGGAGAGAAAGGCGAAACUCCAAAAAUUGAUUUAGCAAAGUUGAAAGGUCAAAAAGGAGAUAUGGGUCUAGUGGGUAGUCCAGGUUUACCUGGGGAGCCUGGACUUCGAGGCCCACCGGGGUCAUGCCAGGACGUAAAACGAGCCCCUGUCAUACUUGGCCCCCCAGGGCCACCUGGACCUCCUGGGCCCCCUGGAUUGCCCGGGCAGCCGGCUAUCGAGGCCACUACGCACCAAUAUGAUAUGCCACCUUGGCACGAUAACAAUCAUUCGUUUGUUACAAUGCCAGGUGACGUGAUGGACGACGAUCACUUCUAUGAAACAAAUACUGUUGUUUACAGAACAAAAAGAGGUCUUUUGAAGAGGACAGAGAAAACACAGCUGGGAACGUUAGCAUACGUUAUACAAGAGAAAAUAUUAUUGCUGAGGGUUGAAAACGGAUGGAAAUAUGUUGUGAUGGGCCAGAUGUUGUCGGAUCAGACGUCAGCACCUAUCACUACACGAAGACUUCCACCUAAAAGGAGAGGCACUAUUCGAAUGGUGGCUUUAAACGAGCCGUACUCGGGAAAGAUCCUGAGUGGCUUCCUUCGGGGACGAGAAGCUGUCGAUUCCCUGUGUCAUGAACAAAGCAAGCAAGUGGCUGGCAAACGAGCUACAUUUAGAGCAUUUUUAACAACAAAGAACCAGGAUCUCCUAUUCCUUGUGGACAGAGCAGACAGGAGUUUGCCGGUGGUAAAUCUAAAUGGUUCUGAUUUAUUCAGCUCUUGGGCAAGCAUAUUUGACGGGAGUGGAGGAGUAUUUAGCGAACCGAAUUUCGUUAUCUAUAGCUUUAAUGGAAAAAGUGUUAUGAUUGAUCCUGACUGGCCUGAAAAGAUUAUUUGGCACGGUGGACACAACGACCACAAUGGUACUGUGUAUCGAUAUAAUAACUGCAAUGACUGGCAAAGUAACAGAACCAGUUCACACGGUGUUGGGUCUUCGUUACACACCAAUCGACUGCUAAACCAAGAUAGCUAUUCCUGUGAUAGUAAAUUUAUAGUUCUUUGUGUAGAAGUAGAAGCUAGUAAAGUGAGGCGUAAGAGGCAUCAUCGGCGGCGUAAUUUAUUAUAAAAAAUAGUUUUAUUAAAUAACGUAUCCCUAGAGAGUUAAACCUAUUUCUACGGGUUCUAAAUAGGGUUCCUAAUGCAUAUUAAUUAUGUAGGAACUAGGAGUUCUUACUAGUCACAGUUCAGGCUUAGUAAACCUAAAUGUAGGUUAUUUAAUAAAUAUUUUCUGCUUUAGUUGAUUUAACAUUAAUUUAAGUUUCGCAAUUAGGUAAUCUUCUCUCAUUGAACUUGGCUUAAGUAUUUGAGGCCACGUUUAUUUUAUUAAGGCCCGCUAUAAAUUAUGGCCAAAUAGAUAACGCAAGAAUAUUUUCCAAAAUCUAGAGCUCUCAGUCACAUUUUCAUCGAGCUUAAUAGUGGCUAACGGUACGUGAGAAGGCUAACUCACAAUAUACGUAGUUCUGGUUGUGGAAGAGAAACAAACAGGCUUAGUAGCAUUGCGCUGUCAGACUUCCACGACUAAAAUUAUUAUUAAGAAUAUACUCUGCUUUUUGAGAUUCCUUUUAUGUACUACACAUACUCAUCAGACGAAAAAACCAUUGCUUGUUUGUAAACGAAACAAAGCCCAAGUUAUUUAUAAAAAACUGGUAUUAUUGCUAAAGUAAAACUUAAUAGAAAUACAUAUAACAUAAUUGUAUUUAAUUGAUAUCGGCUUGAUAAGAAUUUUAUUAAGCUAAUUAGAAUGCCAUUUUUUUACGUAUUUCUGACACCCCUUUUCUGAAAGUCGAAAUCUUGUGUAACUCACUUUUUUUGUAAAAGCUGAUAUUCAAUUGAAUUUUAGUUC